UGGCAUGAGGCUGCAGCUAGGAUGUAGCAAUGGCACAUACCGGGUAGGACUUAGUAGUAGGAGGUCGGGAGGUAGCUUCCAAGGAAGCGGCCCCUCCAUUGGCGUUGGCGUCGGCGUUGCCAUAAGCUGGCAGCCGUCUUAGCGGAGGUUGGUUGGGCGGCAUGGUGUUCCUGGAGCCGGACCCCUUCUUGAAUGAGCUGAACAAGCUGUACGAGCGCAAUAAGAGCAGCACCGGGCCGGCACGCACUGUGUGGAUCACCUGCAAGCGAUCUGCCCUGCAAGGCCCAAAGAAGAAGGGGGCGCCUGCAGCAGCAGGGGACGCACCCGCGGAGGCGGACUACAAGUGCCUCAUACGGGCCACCGAUGGCAAGAAGAAGAUCAGCACAGCGGUUUCCGUCAAAGAAGUUGCCCGAUUCCAAACAGCUUAUGCGACAGUAUUGAAGGCGCAUAUGGAUGCAUUGAAGAAAAAGGAAAAGAGAGACAAAAAGAAAACAGGCAAUAAGCCAUCAGUAAAGCGAGAACUUACUUGACCAUGCCAUGACAUGCGUGGUGACGUCUGGUCACAAUCAUCAUAGUGGCAGCUGUGGAUAAGAUCGACACAUAGUAGCAGGGACACGUACUUUUACGACCCCUCCAUGUAUACAACACACUGACAUGCGCAUGAUCGAUGCUGCAUGCUGCAUGCCAGUUUGACACAUGCAGUCAUGGGCCCCAGGGCCUUUGCUGUCAUCC